GUAUCUGUGGAUGGCAAUGGAUGGUUUAAGUUGUUCUUCGUUGGCGUAUUGCUGUUUAUUCUAAUUUUCAUGACAUUAUUUUUAUAACAAUACCUCGUGGACUACAAAAAAUAGUGUGAAAUGACUUUUUUCGAAGAUACGUUAAUUGUUUUGAUUUCUCAGGUAAUAUUCUUCGUAGGAGGAUGGAUAUUUUUUGUGAAGCAGUUGUUUCGAGACUAUGAAGUUCACCACCUAUUAGUACAACUCAUAUUCUCCAUUACAUUUGCUCUCAGCUGCACGAUGUUUGAGUUGAUCAUAUUUGAAAUCAUUGGGUAUUUGGACACCAGUUCCAGAUAUUUCCACUGGAAUAUGGGGCUGUACUCACUGCUGUUCAUGGUCAUAGCCCUCAUACCAUUCUACAUAGCUUACUUUUGUAUAAGCAAUAUUAGAUUUGUAUCUCAAAAUGUAAUAAGACCACUAACAAUGUUUGUUUGGUUCAUAUAUCUAUAUUUCUUCUGGAAAAUCGGCGAUCCAUUUCCGAUCUUAAGUCCGAAACAGGGCAUAUUUUCGAUAGAGCAAGGUGUAUCUCGUAUCGGUGUUAUAGGAGUCACCGUGAUGGCCCUUCUCUCUGGUUUUGGUGCCGUGAACUAUCCUUACACAUCUAUGGCUAUAUUUUUAAGACCUGUAACACAAUCAGAUGUGUUAUCAAUAGAGAAGAAGUUGCUUCAAACGAUGGACAUGAUAUUAGUGAAGAAGAAAAGGAUAGCACUAGCCGAAGCCAACAGUGUGGGAGCGAGACAGCAAUAUAGCAUGUUAGACCAGUCUAAUGCCAAGAACAGAGGGUUUUGGACCAAUAUAUUGUCUAGUGUUGGGAGUAUAGCCAACCCAUUGGGACAUGGGACUGAAAAUAUAACUCAACUUCGCCAAGAGAUAGCGGGUUUAGAGGAGCUAAGUCGCCAGCUGUUCCUGGAAGCGCACGACGCUAGAACAAUGAGAGAGAGGAUAGAAUGGUCUAGAACGUUCCAGGGGAAGUACUUCAACUUCCUCGGCUAUUUCUUCUCCUUGUACUGUAUUUGGAAGAUUUUUAUUUCGACAAUAAACAUAGUAUUCGACCGGGUUGGCAAGAAGGAUCCGGUGACGCGUGGGCUGGAGAUCGUCGUCCACUGGGUGGGCUGGCGGCUGGACGUGGGCUUCUGGUCGCAACACGUCUCCUUCAUACUGGUGGGCGCAAUCGCGCUUACCAGCAUUAGGGGCUUGCUGCUUACACUUACUAAGUUCUUCUACAAGAUCUCUUCAUCCAAAUCAUCGAACAUCAUCGUUCUCAUUCUAGCACAGAUAAUGGGUAUGUACUUCUGUUCUUCCGUCCUGCUCAUGCGCAUGAAUAUGCCUCCGGAAUACCGUAUCAUCAUCACCCAGGUCUUAGGAGACUUGCAGUUUAACUUCUACCAUAGAUGGUUUGAUGUAAUAUUCUUAGUCAGUGCCUUGACUAGUAUAUUUACCUUGUAUCUCGCUCAUAAGCAACCCUCGGUUAGUUAGGGGUUAGGGGAGCCUUUAUGUUUUUAGGGCUUGGAGUUUCUAUAUUCUUAUAGAUGGACCUCUUUGGUUGACACAAGAAUAUACUGGUGCUAUAGAAAAAAAUGUACAAUUCUACGCCGUGUAGCGAACACACGCAAGCGUCUUUUCAAAAUAUCACAUUCUGAUCAUGGUAUAAGAAAACCAGGAAACUCAAUCCUAUGAAAAGCCGCCAUUGCUAGCCGUUUGAUGACGUAAGUGUUACCACUGUGUUACUAUUAAAUUGGUAUCUCCAACAUUCCAAGGACAUAAAUUUUAUUAAGUAUUGAAAAUUAAGUGAAUUACGCACAUAUUAUAUAAAAAUAAUUAAAACUGUAAGUAAAUCUUUUACUAAAAGUUCAAAAUUGCCUUGCAAAGUAAAUGAAAAACAUUGGUCGUGGGUAUUUUUUUUUACGAAAUGGCAACGCAGAGUGGGAUGAUGUGAGCUGGGCUAACCUUGAAAUGUUAGCUGUCACUUUUGAGCAUACCUGGGCUUCUUAUACCAUUUUUUUAUUUUGAUUAAGAUGUGAUUUUCUUCAACAAAACCUCGAUUUCUCUCAAUUAAUCCCAGUAAGUUAAUAAAAAAAAAUACCUUUGAUCUUCUUCUCUCGUGUGGGUUGUGAGGUGGAUUACCAACCUCAACCCUGGUGUCAGGGUUAUUAUUGAGCCGCCAAAGGCCCCUGACAUGGCUCAUCUAACGACUACUUACUUACAUCAGUAAGUAGUAACCGGGACCAACGGCUUAACGUGCCUUCCGUAGAUCAUCUUACUUUUUGGACAAUCAGGUGAUCAGUCUGUAAUUUCCUAACCAAACUAGGGAUCACAAAGUAAUUUUUGGGAUAUGUCCCUACCGGGAUUCGAACCCGGGUCAACCACUGGACCACGGAGGGCGUUAUAAUAUAUUUUAUAACUUCUCCCUAUAUUCAGCUUUACUUCAAUAUUGUUCACUCCAAGCCCUACGUAGAAUACUUUUAACUUAACUAUAACUUAAGUUUUGCUGAAGACUGAAUGUGUACAUAAUUAAGUGAAAAGUGUAGCUAAGGUGGAAUCUAGGUAUCUAAAACGACCACAUUGAAGUAAUUCAUAAAAAAAAUCUGUAUUGCAAUAUGACUUUUGCUUAUAUGGCGGAAACAAAUGCCAAAUAGCAAUAUUGCUUUUCUGUUAUGUAAAUAUCCGCAGUGGAGCAGCGUGGUGGAGUAUGCAUAAGCGUAUUAAAAUAAUAUUCUAAUUCGGGUUCUCUUCUGUGUUCUAAAUCAGGAUAUGGGAACCGUGUUACCCCGAAUUUAACGCGAGCGAAGCCGCGGGCAAAAGCUAGUAUAUAGUAAAAUAAAUAUUUAUAUCAUGAUUCGUCACCAGCCCAUUAACGUCCCCACUGCUGGGGCACGGGCCUGCCCUAUGGAUGGAUAGGGAGAUCGGGCCUUAAACCAUCACGCGGGCCCAGUGCGGAUUCAUGGUUAUUAACGACUGCUAUUGCAGCCGGGACCAACGGCUUAACGUGCCUUCCGAAGCACGGAGGAGCUCGAGAUGAAAACUUUUUUUUGUGGUCAUCAUAUCAUGAUUAAUCAAUACUUAGAAAUACGCUGUGUGUCAGGAUCGAAGCAAAUGGAAUUUUAUAUUCUCUGCUUACCCCGGUGGGAAAUAGGCGUGAGUUUAUUUAUGUGUGUAUGUAUGUGUAAAAAUACGCUUAAUCAGUUGUUCACAAAGUGUGCAGCGCAUGGUGGAGAGUAUAGAGGCGCUCCAGAAGCCAAAUGGCAAAUAAUCUCAUUUCUAUUAUCUCCACUGCGGGUUGGUAGAGAUAAUAAAACAUCUAUUGUAAAACCAAGUCACUAGAGGCCCUAGUAUAUAAAGUAACUAUUAUAGUAUUUAUAAAAGACAAAGUCUGUGUAAUAACUGUUCGUAUCUAAGUAUGUAAUAAUUGUUAAAAAAACUUGUAAAUAAAAUUACAUCGAAAUAA